CCAUGCACGCCCGUAACCUAGUAGUAGUAGUAGUACUACGUGCUGCCAGGCAGCUGUCGUCGGAAGCGCACCCGGUGCGUGUUAGAUUUGCUCCGAGUCCAACCGGACAACUACACCUUGGUGGCCUUCGCACGGCCCUGUACAACUACCUGUUUGCUAAGUCACAUGGCGGGACAUUUAUACUGAGAAUUGAGGAUACUGACCAGACAAGGUUGGUUCCCGGAGCGCAGGAUAAUCUUGAGAGCUUGCUCACGUGGGCGGGGCUCAUCCCGGACGAGGGGCCCACGCAGGGUGGCGACUACGGCCCCUACGUGCAGUCUCAGCGGCUGCACCUCUACCGCGACGCAGCCCAGCAGCUGAUCGACGACGGCAGCGCCUACUACUGCUUCUGCACCGAGCAGCGGCUGCGGCUGCUGCGCCGCGAGGCGCUGCGCAACGGCGAGACGCCGCGCUACGACAACAGGUGCCGCCACCUGUCGCGGGCGGACGUCUCGGCGCGGCUCGCGGACGACGCGCCGCGCUGCGUCCGCUUCCGUCUGACGGCGAGCGACGUCGCCGUCGACGAUCUCGUUAUCGGCGCGUCGGCGCCGCACGACGUCGCCGCGCUAGAGGGCGACCCCGUCGUCGUCAAGGCGGACGGCGGCGCCACCUACCACCUCGCAAGCGUCGUCGACGACCGGCGCAUGCGCGUCAGCCACGUGCUGCGCGGCUGCGAGUGGCGUUCGUCGACGGCGAAGCACGUUCUCUUGUACCGCGCGCUCGGCUGGUCGCCACCGGCGUUCGGACACCUGCCGCUGCUCGUUGACGCCGGCGGCGCGAAGCUGUCGAAGCGUCGCGACGACGCGAGCGUCGGUCGUCUCCGUGACGACGGCUUCCUCCCGGACGCCGUGCUGAACUAUGUCGCCCGCGCCGGCGGCGGCUUCGGCAAGGACGACGGCCGCGCGCGCUCGCUCGCCGACCUCGUCACGCGAUUCGACAUCGCCCGCGUCAACGCCAACCCGAGCCGGCUUGAACCCGAACGACUGCUCGCGCUCAACGGGCAGCUGCUGCAGCGCCACCUGGCGGACGGCGGGCGACGGCGGGAGCUUUGCGGCGAGGUGCGUCGGAUCGUCGGCGACGCGUUCGGCGCCGCCGCCGGGGAGCUGAGGGACGAGCGCGUGCUGCGGGUGCUGGACUGGGCGGCGGCGCGCAUUCGCACUCUGUGCUCUGCGCGACCUCCGGGCUGGAAGGACGGCCGAGCGUUUGCCGAGAUGCUGGAGGUGCUGGGGAAGGAAGAGAGCCUGGCGCGGCUGCGUCGCGCGGCCGAGCAGUGCUGUUUGUGA